AUGGUGCUAGAAGAAGCACCAGUUGGCGUUGGUGAUAUUCAACAAGCGUCAAAGGAAGACUCCCUUCUGUCUAGUGUCAUGCAAAGAGUUCUUACAAAUGGAUGGAAUGAAUGCAGUCAAUCAGAAGAAUCCUACUACCUAGUGCGGGACCAGUUGACUGUUGUAGACGACACCUUGCUCUUGGGUAACGGGGUUGUAAUUCCAGAGGCCCUUUGUAGAUCAGUCCUUCGCCUCGCUCAUGAGGGACAUCCUGGACUAGAGGCUUUUCAAGACACAUUAAGGACCCUUGUUUGGGGGCCAGGCAUCACAGAGGAUGCAAAUAUUUUUGCCGAGCAGUGUGAUAUAUGCUGGCGCAGGCGACCAAAUCCCUCUCAACAAUUCCAGCCAUCUGACUUGAAAGCCGUAUGGAACAAAUUGGCAAUGGCCCUCGUGACUAUUGAAGGGAUAUCAUUCUUAUCAAUUAUCGAUUAUGGAUCACGUUUUUCUGAAGUACUCCCCUUAGAGGAUUCCAUGGCUAAAGGUGUGAUAAAAAACUCAUGGAAGUAUUUGCACGAUUUUACGUGCCCUCUGUUUUGGUAUCAGACAUCGGUCCCCAGUUUAUUGCCAGUGAGAUGAACCACUUUCUGAAACAAUUGCGUAUUCAGCAUGCGAAGGCAAGCCCACGGUAUCCUCAGUCAAAUGGAAUGGUGGUGAGGCUGCAUAGAGUUUUACGGAAGAGACUUAAGGGACUUAGUCCCUCAAUUCAUUUUUAUCGUGGCUUUCAACAAACGUUGAUGGACAUCUGCAGUUCAACUAACUGAAUGCUGGGCACAACAUCCUCGGAAGCACUGUUUCAAAGGAUCCUUCACACUCGAGUACCAGCUUACAGGACCUUUCUUAUGGUCAAUCCCGGACAUCAGUCUCAGACGAAAGCUCGCAUGGCAACCAACCAUGACCUUAGAAGAGGUGUGUGUCAGCUACCUAGACUAAAGUCUGGUACAGUAGUUAUUUUUCAAGACGGUCAUACUAAUCCCACCAAACAGUGGAGAGUAUUGGACCAAUACAGCCAACAAGUGAGUGUCACAUAUGGGCGACGUAUCAUGCUUAGGAAUAGGAGACAUGUAAAGCAAUACAUUCCAGAAAUGGCAGUAACGCUUCCUCCAGCAACUGAGGUCAAAGCAGCAGUGGGAACAAGCACGGCUGUUCCAACGAAUCCUACAGGACAAGUACCAACAAAUCAGUCUAUGGAUGUUACCCAAUGACAGUCUGGUUAAAGUUUUGCGGACACUGUCUUUGGAAACACUUGCAACUAACCCUGGUUCGAAUGGCAGCAGGGAGUCAAUGGCUGCGGAGGUAGCUACUUCACAAUCAACUCUGGGACAUUCCCUUUUCAGGAAGGAGUGGUAACACAAUCCGGAGGUCCAUGUGCGGUUAUCAGUAAGAGCCAAAGAGGCGGACAUGUGAUGAACACUUUUGCGUUGAGUGGAGUCUUGUUGUUGGUUUAAAUUUUGACAAGGGGUAUUGUAGUAUUGUAGUGUGGGACUGCGAGGAUGGGAAGCAUGCACAGUCGAUGAGUGGUGCUUACGGCGGUACUAUCUGAAUACAGCAGUUAUUUGGCCAUUCUACACGUGCCUGUACAUGUGACAACUUCCUGCCGUCCCUGAAGGAGCUGCCAGAAAAAGCGAACUAAAUGUUUUCCUCUUCAAACCUAAAGCAAUGGAUUCGUCAAGACUAUUCAUGCUAAUUCUUGGCAGAUGAAAACUGUCAGAGGCUAAUUACACUCACGUGCCCACGUGACUUACGAAUCAUAGUUAACUGUGUGAACACGCUUGCGUUAAUGUUGGCCUAAUCAUAGUUAUUCCAAAUGUCGGUGUGAACAUGCUCGUAGCGCGGUAUCAGACUUUUUGCAAUUGGGGCCCGGUGGCAUACCACAUUUCUUUCUAGAAGCAAUUGUCGUGCAGAGUGCAUAGUCUCUGCUUGAGUUACAGUAUGUCACACUAGUUUGCCAGGUAGCAGUAAUGUGUGGUGAUUUUGGGUGCACCCCAGCGUACACCCCAGCUUAGAAUAAAGCUACAUGUAUAGUCAAUUUGAGAACAGUUACUGAAUUAGUAGGCUCAAGGGUCCAGCCGGUCACUUCCCUCCUUUACAAGAGGUCUUUCAUCUCACAGGGAAAAGCAACUGGCUGGACCCUGGAGUCUAUUACUGCAUGUGAAAGUGCUAAUUAGCAACAUUAAUUGACUUGUGUGUUCUU